CAUCGCGGUCGCCAUGGCGCUGUGCGGCCGCUCCGCGCUCCUCCCGCCGCCCCCGCGACACCGGCCCCGGCCCCGAGCCCCGGGGCCCUUCGUCAGCUGCAGCCGCCUCCGAAAUAUUCAGACUAUUCUGACACAGAGCAGCAAAUCUCAGCCUGAUGGAAUCCUCUGCAUUUUAGGGAUAGACAGUCGAUACAAUGAAGGGUGCAGAGAGCUGGCAAAUUAUCUGCUCUUUGGUUUGUACAACCAGAACAACAAUGACUUUGAAAGGACAGGUUUUCCUGAGGAAGUUCUGGAUGAUAUAAUCAUAUUAAUAAAACCUGACAGUGUUCAUCUGUACUGCAACCCUGUGAAUUACAAUCAUCUUUUACCCUAUGUGGCACACUGGAGGAACUUGCAUUUCCACUGUCUGACUGAAAAUGAGUAUGAGGAUGAAGAAGCUGCCGAGGAAUUCAAGAUUUCCAGCUUUGUGGACAUGGUCAGGGAUUGCAGCCGCAUUGGGAUCCCCUACAGCUGCCAAGGCCACCUGCAGAUAUUUGACAUGUUCAUCGUGGAGAAGUGGCCGAUCGUGCAGGCCUUCGCGCUCGAGGGGAUCGGGGGCGACGGCUUCUUCACCAUGAAAUAUGAAUUAAUGGAUGUCAGUGCUGAUUUAUGGAAAACCUACAGCAAAAUGGAUCCUGUGUCCCUGGAGGAUUUGCUUUUUGAGGAUCUAAAGAUUUUUGAACACCAAUGGACCACCUUUUUUGCUAAUUUUGACACUGAAAUUCCCUUCAUUCUGGAACUCUCAGAAUCUCAGGCUGGGGAGCCUUUCAGAAGUUAUUUCAGCCAUGGCAUGAUCUCAAGCCAUAUAACAGAUAACAGCCCGAGCAGGCAGCCCUUUGUCCUGUUUGGCAGCCACUCCACAAAGGAAAACUUGAACACUGGGAACUUUAAUUUUCCUUCUGAAGGGCAUCUGGUCCGAAACACUGGCCCUGGUGGAAGCACUGCCAAGCACAUGGUAGUGCAGUGUGUGUCUCCAAAGGGACCUCUGGCUUGUUCAAGGACCUAUUUUUUUGGAGCCACUCACAUUCCUUUCCUGGGAAAUGACAAUGAGAUCCACAAGCAAGCUGAGCAAGUUACGCUGUUGUCGCAAAUAUAUUCUGCUGUUGUAGAGGCUGUGCUUGCUGGCAUUGAGUGCUAUGCUAAAACUUCCACUGAAUCCAAGGCAAAGGAGGUGGCAGAGCAGGUGCUGCUGUCUGUGUUAGACACCCUUGGCUUAGCACAGCUGAAAUCUGCUUUACGCUCCAAAAUUGCUUUUCAAAUCCAGGCUGUGAACAACCAUGGCAGAAUUACUCCAUUAGAUAAUGAGGACAGCCUGAGUUUGAUCAAAACGGCAUCCAUGAUGGUGUUUGACAUUCCAGACCUGCUCACAGGAAGAGGAUGCUUGGGAUCUGUUGUGUUUUCAGAGUCCUUCCUGACAUCACAAAUACAGGUCAAAGAGAAAGAUGGCAGCAUCCAUCCAGACUCCAGGCACGUUAUCCUGACUGCAGCUAUCCCAAGAUUUGCUUCUUGGCUGGUUGAAGACAGUGAUGUGAAGCUGUCUGAAAAGGCACAGCAAGUAUUAAAGGAGGACAAAUCUUUCCUUGGCACUUUACUCACUGGAGGUGAUGGAGUUUAUAUCUGUUCCAGCAAUCCACAGGCCAUGCCUGCAGAAGGCAAACUGUAUUUCUUUUCUGAUGGAAUUCUGUUCUGUGAUCCCCACCAUGGCAGCAUUUCCAUUCCCAAGAGCCACAUGAGUUCCAUUUCUCUCUAUGAUGGGGAUUCCAACAGCAUUGUUGCUGCUCUCUUUAUAGACUUCAAAAGUUCCCUACUUCCUCAUCUCCCCAUUGAAUUCCACACCCAGAACAACUUUCUGAUGAUUGCACUUUUCCCCAAAAGAAAGAUUUAUAAAGCUUUCUAUUCCCAGGUUUUCUCUUCAUGGCAUAACCAGACAAACUCAGGAUUAUCUUUAAGGGUUGUCCCAGAAGAAUUCCUGUCUGAGGAACAAAAGAGGCUGCAUUCCAGUGUGCAGAAGCUCUUCAAUGCCUCUUUUGCUUCUGGGGAAAGAUGCAGGGAGCUGAAACUGUCUGCUGCCAUUCCAGGAUUGGAGAGGUUUGUGCAGCACUUCACAGUCAGCAGUGUCAGCACCAAGCCAGUGAUGAGGGCACAUCUUCCUGUCCUUCUCCAAGAGUCAGAAACCAUUUCUGACAGCAAAGCAGAAGGUGAUAAGGUGAUCAUCACCAUCCUCACUGGGCUGCCCGGGUGCCGUUCCAGCGAUCUCUGUUCCUUCCUUGUCACUUUUACCAAGGAGCAUGGGAGGUGGAUUGUGUAUCGGCAGACCAUGGACAGCCCGCAGUGCUUCAGUGCCUCCCACUUCCAGCGCUUCCUGGCCGGGCUCCUGGAGGCCCAGCAGAACCUUGGGGUCCAUCAACCCACCCUGAAGAGCUCUGGGAAGCCCUCUGGGAAGAACAACAGGCUCCUGGUGGUGCUGCAAGGGUACACUGAUGUUAUUGAUGUUGUGCAAGCUCUGCAGACUCACCCUGACCCAGAGGUGAAAUCUUCUUUCAUCAUUGGAACAAUCAACACCUGUGUGGAGCCUCUGAGCUGCUACAUGGAACACAGGCUUCUUUUCCCCAAGUUCUUGGACCAGUGUUCACAAGGACUGGUGAGUAAUGUGGUUUUCACAAGUCAUGCCACAGAGCAGAGGCACCCACUGCUGGUGCAGCUGCAGAGCCUGAUCAGAGCAGCAAAUCCUGGAGUUUCCUUCAUCCUGGCAGAAAAUGGGAUUGUAACAAGGAAUGAGGAUAUUGAACUAAUUCUCUCAGAAAGCAGUUUUUCAAGUCCUCAGAUGAUGAGAGCUCGAUAUUUAAUGUACCCUGGCUGGUAUGAGGGCAGGUAUGGGGCUGGGCCUGUGUUCCCUCCCAUGGUUCAGAUCUGUGUGUGGUUCAGCCGCCCUCUGGAGAAAACAAGAUUUGUCACCAAAUGCAAAGCAAUUAAGUCGUUGCUCAAGCCAAGUCCUUUUUCUGGAAACAUUUAUCACAUCAUGGGCAAAGUGAAGUUUUCAGAUGCUGAUAAAGUCAUUGAAGUGUGUCACAACACAGCAGCAAAUUCCCUCAGCCUGGUGCCUGUUCCAGAGGGGCCAACUCCUCCUGAUUCCAGAAAUGAUCCCAGAGACUGCAGCAGUCAACAGGAAUAUUUCCUUGUGUUCAUUGGCUGCUCCCUGAAGGAAGAGGAUAUCAAAGACUGGCUCAGAGAAACUGCAAAACAGAAACCUCAGAGGAAAGCCCUGAAAACCAGAGGAAUGUUAACCCUUCAGGAAAUCAAAAACAUCCAUGUGAAACGCCACUUGGAUCCACUCCCAGCUGGUUAUUUUUACAAUGGGACUCAAUUUGUGAAUUUUUUUGGUGACAAAAUGGAUUAUCAUCCAUUAAUGGACCAGUUCAUGAAUGAUUACUUGGAAGAAGCCAACAGGGAAAUUGAGAAGUACAACAGGGAGCUGGAGGAGCAGGAGUACCACGAUCUCUUUGAGCAGAAGAUUUAAGCACGUGGAUCCUGAGUGUUCCUGUCCUUGUGUCAGGAACCAAAAAUGCUCUUUUGUCCUUCUGGCUCACAAGAAAUCAAGUGAAAUGUUUGUUUUCAGCACUCCUUCCCAAACUAAGGGAUUUUUCCCCUGAGGUUGGCAUUUAACAUGGUAACUGCUUAGCUGUUUGUACUGUCAGGAUUGCUUCCACUUCACCUUAAUUCCAGACUGUCCAAAGCAUCACCUGGAAUCUCUGGCUUGUGGUGGAAACGUGGGAAAAAGAAGAAGAAGGAGGAGAAAAGAAGCAAAACUGGAUUUAUUUCCUAAAACAAGGUCAGAAUGUAAUUGUGGAAUUGGGCCCUGGUGCAGAUAUCAAACAAUCCCUGGGUGUCCCUUGGAAAUCGUUGCACAGGAGCAUUGAUGGUCAGGGGGGAGCUCAGGGUGUGGGAUUGGGGUUCCCAAAGCGAGAAAUGGGGGAACAGACUCGGAAGAGUCCCCAAUCCCAGAACUCUUUGGGUGUUCCUGAAGCAAAAAAUGGAGGAAUAAUUAAAAAAAGUAAGAGAGUCCCUAAUGCCACAGCUGCUGGGAUGUUCCCAAAGCGAGAAAUGGGGGAACAAGGGGAACAGCUCAGAAAAAUCCCUAAUCCCACAGCUCUUGGUGUGUUCCCAAAGCGAGAAAUGGGGGAACAAUGGGAAAAACUCAGAAUUGAGUCCCUAAUCAACAUCUGUUGGGAUGUUCCCAAAGCGACAAAUGGGGGAACAGUGGGGAAAACUCAGAACUAAUCCCUAAUCAGUCCCUAAUCAGCAACUGUUUGGGUGUUCUCAAAGUGAGAAAUGGGGGAACGCUUUCUCAGAGUCCCUAAUCCCACAGCUCUUGGUGUGUUCCCAAAGCGAGAAAUGGGGGAACAAUGGGAAAAACUCAGAAUUGAGUCCCUAAUUCCAGAGCUGUUGGUGUGUUCCCAAAGCAAGAAAUGGAAGAAUGAUUCAAAACUUGGAAUCCCUGAAUCUGCAGCUCUUGGGAUGUUCCCAAAGUGAGAAAUGAGGGAACAUUGGGAAGAACUCAGAAUUGAGUCCCUAAUCCCAGAGCUGUCAGAGCAUUCCCAAAGCGAGAAAUGGGGGAAUGGGAAAAGCUUGGAUGAGCACCUAAUCCCACAGUUGUUAGGAUGUUCCCAAAGUGACAGAUGGGGGAACAAUGGGAAAAACUCAGAAUUGAGUCCCUGAUCCCACAGCUCUUGGUGUGUUCCCAAAGUAAGAAAUGGGGGAGUAACAGUGGGGAUAACUCUGAAAAGCCCCUGAUCCCAGAGCUGUUGGUGUUGUUCCUAAAGCAAGAAAUGGGAGAAUGAUUCAAAACUUGGAAUCCCUGAAUCUGCAGCUCUUAGGACGUUCCCAAAGCGAGAAAUGGGGGAACAUUGGGAAAAACUCAGAAUUGAGUGCCUAAUCCCACAGUUUUCAGAGGAUUCCCAAAGCGAGAAAUGGGGGAACAAUGGGAAAAAUUCAGAAUUGAGUCCCUAAUGGCAGAGCUGUUUGUGUGUACCCAAAGCAAGAAAUAGGAGAAUGAUUAAAAAACUUAGAAUCCCUGAAUCUGCAGCUCUUAGGACGUUCCCAAAGCGAGAAAUGGGGGAACAUUGGGAAAAACUCAGAAUUGGAUCCCUAAUCCCACAGCUGUUGUUGUGUUCCCAAAGGGAGAAAUGGGGGAAUAGUGGGAAAAACUCAGAACUGAGUCCCUAAUCAGCAGUUAUUGCGGUGUUCCCAAAGCAAGAAAUGGGGGAACACUUUCUCAGAGUCCCUAAUCCCACAGCUCUUGGUGUGUUCCCAAAGGAAGAAAUGGGGGAGUAACAGUGGGGAUAACUCAAGAGCCCCUGAUCCCAGAGUUGUUGGUGUGUUCCCAAAACAAGAAAUUGUAGAAUGAUUAAAAAAUUUAGAAUCCCUGAAUCUGCAGUUGUUGGGAUGUUCCCAAAGCGAGAAAUGGGGGAACAUUGGGAAAAACUCAGAAUUGAGUCCCUAAUCCCAGAGCUGUCAGAGCAUUCCCAAAGCGAGAAAUGGGGGAACAAUGGGAAAAAUUCAGAAUUGAGUCCCUAAGGCCAGAGCUGUUUGUGUGUUCCCAAAGUGAGAAAUGGAGGAACACUUUCUCAGAGUCCUUAAUCCCAGAGCUGUCAGAGCAAUCCCAAAGGGAAAAUUGUGGGAACAGUGGGAACAACUCAAGAAAGUCCCUAAUCCCAGAGCUGUCAGGGUGUUCCCAGAGCAAAAAAUGGGGGAACAGUGGGGAAAACUCAGAACUGAGUCCCUAAUCCCACAGUUUCUGGGGCAUUCCCAAAGUGAAAAAUGUGGAAACAGUGGGAACAACUCAAUAAAGUCCCUAAUCCCAGAGCUGUCAGGGUGUUCCCAAAGCAAGAAAUGGGGGAACAAUGAGAAGAACUCAGAAAUGAGUCCCUGGUCCCAGAGCUUUCAGAGAGUUCCCAAAGUGAGAAAUAGGGGAACAAUGGGAAAAACUCAGUUGGGCACCCAAUCCCACAGCUCUUGGUGUGUUCCCAAAGCAAGAAAUGGGAGAAUGAUCAAAAAAUUUAGAAUCCCUGAAUCUGCAGCUCUUGGGAUGUUCCCAAAGCGAGAAAUGGGGGAACAAUGGGAAGAACUCAGAACUGAGUCCCUAAUCCCAGAGCUGUCAGGGCAAUCCCAAAGGAAAAUUGUGGAAACAGUGGGAAGAACUCAGUAAAGUCCCUAAUCCCAGAGCUGUUGGGGUGUUCCCAAAGCAAGAAAUGGGGGAACAGUGGGGAAAACUCAGAAUUGAGUCCCUGAUCCCACAGCUGUUGUUGUGCUCUCAAAGCGAGAAAUGGGGGAACACUUUCCAGAGUCCUCAAUCCCAGAGCUGUCAGGGCAAUCCCAAAGGGAAAAUUGUGGAAAUAGUGGGAAGAACUCAGUAAAGUCCCUAAUCCCAGAGCUGUCAGGGUGUUCCCAAAGAGAGGGAUGAGGGAACCCUCUCACCCCCACCUUUGCCAGGGCUCAGCCCAUCUCAAACCUCAGCACAGUUUGAGUCUGCACUCGAAAUUCUGACUUUAAAGAAAAGCUAUUUAUACAUUUCAGGGUGAAAUCAGUGGAGAAAUCUUUAAUUUCUUCCCAGUGCUCUCAUUGGGAUUCUUGAAAGUAUUUCCUGGCUGGCUGCAAUGUGCACCUUGCUUAGAUUAUCCCUGGAGGAUUCCUAUUGCAGUCCUAAAAAUGAGGCAAGGCAAGGCAAGGAGGACAUUCUUCAGCUGAAGAAUUCCUUUUCAUGAAGAUAAAUGAUUUCCAAAGGUAAAAAAUAGCAAAGGAUGUUACUUGAAAGAGGCAGGAACUUGUUUGUGGAGCUUCCAGAAGAGUUUGCACGCUGUAACAUUUCCCUGUGCUGGUGAGAAAUCAGCUUUUUAAAUACUUGCAACAGAAUUUUUAUAGUUCCUAAAUGAUAGAACAGGAAUGCUGGCAGCCUGUCCUGACUUAAUUCAGUAUCAUUUUAAAGGAGGCUUUAUAAAUCCCUGCCUGAAGGAUUCUAAAGUACCUUAGCAGCUACUUACAGGUAAUUAUUGGAGUUUAUUUGAAUAAGCAGAUUAUUGUAGCAUGCAUGUGUUCAGAAUUUAGGCGAGAGCAGCCCAGCAGGAAUUUUUUAUUUUCAUAUUCCUUUGCCUUAGGGACAGCUCAAUCUUUUACUGCAACUGCAGCUUUUCUUUCUGACCAGAUGUUUGUGAUACAGCAAGAAAUGGAAUGAAAAAUCUCUUGCAGGACACUUAAAAUAAUUCAAAUGUAUCUGCACAGCCUCAUCCUGAGGCAGGAAAAUAAGAUUUAACCCCUGCCAUCAAACUUGAGGCUAAAUUAGAGUUUAUACUUUGCUAAGAGAUGUAUUUUUUACCUUUGGAAUAUGAAAUAAGUGAAAUUUCAGUAACCUGAAGCACAUUUUAGAUGGUUUUGGUCUCCAUUGCUGGAUGCCUGUCCUGUGAGUGUUGCACAGUGCAGAGGUGGAAUUCCAGGUGCUGCAGGCUGGGAUAGAAAUAUUGAUAAGGUUUCAUUCCUUGCUUUCCUCCUAGAUUUAAAAAGCUGUCUGAAUUGAAGACUUUAGUAUUUUAUUUUUAUUUUUUUUGCACACCACGAGACUUUAUAUAAAAACUACUUGUAUCCUGUUAGAGGCCAGUAAAAGCCAGCAAUUAGUUUGUGUUUUUAGGCUUUCCUGGGGUAUUCCCUGGAUCACAAGUGUGGAGCAUCCUGAUAAAGCUCGUGAGUUUUAUCUAUGCAUGGCUAAAUUUUAGUCUUAAUAUCCUGUAGUGCCUGUAGAGCAAAGGUAGCUAGCAGUGGGUUUGGGGGGGCUGCCAGGGGUUUACAACUAAAUCCAGUUGGUUGCAUGAAAUGAAUUCACAGCCCAGAAUUUUUUAGGAAUCCCAAAAUUCUGGUGGUGGUGGGGCUGCAAUAAAAAGGGGCAUUAGGAAAUGGAGCUCCAAUUGGAAUUGUUUUGCCAAUGAACUCAGUGUAAACCCAGCUGUUCCAGUCCCAGUUCUCUCACCUGCAAAGCCAUAUUUUUAGAGUAGUGGGAUGUGAUGUGGGAAGAAAUUGCAGUGGUUGGGACAGCAGGCAUGUGCUGGAGGCUUUGUCUCAACUCCUGAGUGGAUACAGAGUAGAUUUAAGUGCAAUUGAUUGAAAAUAGAUGAAGAUGCUGUAGCUGAUUUUUGCUCUGCUGAACUCUUUUUAAGAACUCCAAUUUGUGCAGCUCUCAAAUCAAUAUGGAUAUGGGGCUUGAUCCAACUGGAAUUCCAAGCCCUGUGAACAAAAAUAAAAGGAAAUAAUUGGGUCGUGAGUGUGCAAAUUGAGAUGUUCCUUAAAAACUGGAGCAGGAGAGCUCGGAACAAAGGCCUAGAACCCUCCUGUGCUGUGCUGCAUGUGCUCUAUGGUCAUAGCUGUGUAUUACAAAGACCUUUCACCAGACUGGUACUGGCUCAAUUCAUGUAUUUUGGUAUUGAAAGAAAUUGAUUACCUCAAUUUUUAUCCUUUAUUUUUAAACUGUGACUUUCAACUGUUCAACCAGAACAAAAUAAAAAGAAAAAAAAGUAAAUAAAAAUACCGAAAUAGUGAAACUGUGACAAUGGUAUCCUUUAAAUGUAGUAGUGCCUUGCAGAUGACACCAUUUAUUCCCCAAAUAAAUGGAUGUCAGGGGUUGCACCACCCCUUUCUUUUUUUUUAAAGGAAAAUAACGGUUUUGGUGAAAGGACUUAAAAAAAUUUAAAUUUAACCUAGUGACAAAUAUUAGCACAAAUGGUUAAACUGUUUAAAAGAAAACUCUUUGAGGACUGAAAUGCCUGAUGCUGCUGCUGCUGUUGAAGAGCAGUUGCUGAUUUUUUGGGAGUCAAUUCUAACAAUCAGCAGUGCUUUUUGAAUUUAUUAUUUUCUUUUUUUUUAAGAAGAGUGUAACUUUUGUACUCUGGUCAGAGCUGUUUGUACUGUAUGGAAUCCCCAGCCCAGGGGAUUUGGUGUCCUCACUCCUUGGAAGUCAAGGUGAGGAUGAAACUCGAGGUUUGAACAAUUUUUUCUACUGUAUAAUUAAAAAAAAACCAACAAAAAAAAAGCACCAUUUCUAACCCACUGAUGUUUGGAUACAGCAAAAGUGCCAUUACACCUUUCCUUUUCUCUUUUAUUGUACUUGGAAAAAUUUGUGUCCAGGCAUUCCUGAGCUUGGGAAGUGCUGAAGAGUCCUCAAGGGGUUUCCACGCUUUGCUGACCUUUGUUAGCAGCUUGUGGUGGUGUUUUUUAAUUUCUCCUCACCGAGAAUGAGUGUGAUCAGAAGUUACUGAAGUUAUAGGAUUCAAAUGUGACAAACUUAGCAGGGGAACCUUUGCAACUUGAGCUGCUCUGCAAUCUGGGAGUAUAUUUGAAUUUGAAGCUGUGCAAUUUGGGAUUAAUCCAGUUUUACACUUUGCAAUUAACACACCGGAUUGCAGGGAGGGUUGCAUGUGAGGGUUCCCUAAUAAGUUGAAUUUUUUUUUUAAUUAUUGUUAUUUUUUAAUUGAAACUUGUCUGAAUUUGCACAGAUUUAAGCUCUGGAAUACUUUGGUAUUCUUGAAAAGGGAAAAAAAAAUUGUGACUAGUAUAGUGAAUUGUGAACUGUGAGUUGGUAGAACCACAAGGUUGAUCUAAUCUUAGGUUGUUAAAAAUGUACCUCAGAAAGCUCGUGAGAAAUUGCUUCAUUUUUACCCAACAGCCAGAUCCUGGUGUAACACUUCUCACUUUUCAAUGUGCCAAAAUUCACUUUUAUACUAGUUCUCAAUGCUUUAAUAUUUGCAAGUCUAAGUGAAAAACGUGUUAUUUACAAACACUACUGUAACUUCAGUUCAGCUGAAUGGUGUGAUUGAAGCUUUUUGCCUCUCGUAUUUAUUACACAACUUGAUUCAGUAAAUAUAAAAUUACCUUUCCAUUUAUUUUUGUAUUGUUUUACAUGUUUAUACCUGCAGUUUGUGUGACUUUUACACCUGUAACUCAGAUGUGAUGGAAAGAACCAAUAAACAGUAUCCAUCCAC